GAAGGUGUUGAUGAUAGUUCUUGUGCUAUCCUUGCUAAGCUAUGGCAUAACUUUGACUAUGUCGUCGUCAGUAUCUUUGGCGAGGCCUAAUUGUGAUCAAAAGUGUGGAGAUGUCAUCAUUCCCUAUCCAUUUAGGGUUGGUUCCAACUGUAGUGCGAAUGCCUCCUUCACUAUCAUCUGCAGCUCCAAAACACCAUUCUUGAGCAGCAUCAAAAUGGAAGUAGUUAAUAUUUCCAUCUUAGGCACAGUUGUAGUAAAGCAGCCAGUGCCUUCACCUAUGAGUUGCUCGCCUAAUAUGACUACAGGUCAUCUCUCGACAUCCCUCAAAGGAAGUCCUUUUACAAUCUCAGCAAGCUUCAACAAAUUGGCCGUGUUGGGAUGCAAGAAUUCAGUGUGGUUGCAAGCUGAUAAGACAAAUAUUGUAGGAGGAUGUACAUCCAUGUGUGCUGCCAACUCCAAAGAAACUAGUUGCAAUGGCGUUAACAGCUGCCAAAUAACACUUCCAUCGUGAAGAUUCCAAGAGCUCGAGUAUAAGUACAAAAUGACUGAAACUUGCAAUGAUAGCUCUUGUGGCUAUGUUAUCCCAGUUGAGAAGAUAUGGUUAGCGAAUGACUACAAGAGCUUCAAAGCAUUAGACCGAGGUUUCGGAUUUGUCCCUCUGGUACUUGAGUGGGAAUUUGGUGAACUGAAAGGUUUUAGUGAUAGUAUUUGCACAUAUGCUGUGAUUAUUGCCUCUCUUAUCCUGCAUGUACUUUAUAAUGAAGGAUUUGUUUAUGCAUCUUCAAUCAAAUACUGCUCUUGCCCUGACGGGUAUGAAGGUAACCCGUAUCUACCCGGACGUUGUACUGAUAUAAAUGAGUGCCUGAAUGAAACACUAAAUCGCGGUAGAGAAUUGUCUUGUAACAAUCUGCGAGGGAGUUUUCGAUGUAUUGAUCAGAAUGCUAAAUAUGAAGCUCGUCUGAAAAUAGCAUUCAUCAGUAUAGGCAGUAGUCUCGGCGCUCUAAUUCUACUCCUUGUAGCAUGGAGGUCGGCCAAAGCCAUUAGAAGAAGAAUCAAGGCCAACCGGAGACGCAAGUUUUUCAAGAGAGAUGGAGGAUUGUUGCUGGAACAACUUUCUGCAACUGAUAAUGGCCUUGAUAAGACAAGGUUGUAUAGCUCCAAAGAGUUGACAUUGGCUACUGGUCGCUAUAACGAGAACCGUAUACUUGGCCAUGGUGGCCAAGGUACGGUCUACAAAGGAAUGUUAAAGGAUGGUAAGAUCGUGGCAGUCAAGAAAUCGAAGAAAGUAGAUGAAGGUGACCUUGAAGUCUUCAUUAAUGAAGUGGUUAUUCUAUCACAGGUGAACCACAGGAAUGUGGUUAAGUUACUAGGAUGUUGUCUCGAGACUGAAGUUCCACUUCUCGUCUACGAGUUCAUCCCAAAUGGAACCCUUUUCCAACACAUUCAUGAGCCAAGUGAUGAUUUUCCCUUGACAUGGGAAAUGAGACUGAGAAUUGCAAGAGAAGUAGCAGGCUCACUUGCUUACCUGCACUCUUCUGCAUCAGCUCCUAUCUAUCACCGCAAUAUCAAGUCGAAAAACAUACUCUUAGUUGACGAAUAUCGCGCAAUAACAAAAAUAUCUCCUAACAAAUCUUUGCAAUAA